GUGCCGGCACUUGCAAUUGCCCAAACAGUUGUUACUGCUACUGAACGUGUCUGCAUCGUCGAGCCUUGUGCAAAUGGCGGUGACUCUGCUCCAGCCAUCAUCGAGGCUUUCGAAAAAUGCGGUCAUAACGAAGAGCCCUCCCGCGGAAAGGUCGUCUUCCGCAACGAAACCUACAACAUUCACAGUGUUAUGAACACUACUGGUUUGAAGAAUGUUGAUGUCGAUUUGAAUGGUUUACUUCUCUGGGACACGAAUAUUCCUUACUGGCUCAACCACUCUCUUCCUGUCGGCUACCAAAACCAAUCUUCGGCUUGGUUGUUUGGUGGAGAGAACAUCAACUGGAAUGGUCAUGGAUACGCUACUCUCAACGGCUCUGGUCAGACUUGGUAUACCUUUGUCAAUGGAACCAACAACUACCCCGGCAGACCUCAUCAGAUUACCAUCACUGGAACCAAGGAUAGCACAUUCUUGGGUACCAGAUUUGUGGACUCGCAGAUGUGGACUAUGACUGUUAUCCAUAGCGAGAAUAUUCUUCUCGAAGACAUCUAUGUGAACAGCACUGGCAACGAGCCUGUUGGCUUUGACUUCUCCUCGCUUAACACUGACGGUGCAGACACUGUUUAUGCAAACAACAUUACCUUCCGUCGUUGGAACGUCACCAACGGAGAUGACUCUAUCGCCUUGAAGGCCAACAGCACUAACAUCCUGAUUGAAGACUGCGACUUCUAUACUGGUCUCGGUGUUGCAAUUGGCAGCAUCGGUCAAUACGACAACACUUUCGAGUACAUCGAGAACGUCACUGCCCGCGACAUCCGCUCCUACAACAUGAGAUAUGGCGCUUAUGUCAAGACCUGGACCGGAGUUUCUACUGGUUAUCCUCCCAACGGUGGUGGUGGUGGCCUGGGUUAUGCUGCCAACAUCACCUUCUCCGACUUCGUCCUGCACAACAACACUGGCAUCUAUGCUGUGACUCAGUGCACUUCUUAUAAUGGUGCUUCGGGUGGCUGCAACACUAGCAAGUUCAAUCUUCACGAUAUUCGCCUGCAAAACUGGACAGGAACGGCUGUCAGCGAUGUGGUCAGUGCUAUCCAGUGCUCAGCUGCAUCUCCUUGCACUGACCAGGAAAUCACCGGUAUUGACAUUAUCGACACUGUCAACGGCACCGCUCCUAGCCAGUACUUGUGUGACUAUGUUUCCUCUGUUGGAUUCAACUGCACUGGUUCAACUUGGGAGGAAAACAGCAGA